UACGGUUGGUUAGAGAUGAUUUCUUGCAAGACUCAGGUAGGCGUCACAGGUGUUUUAGUAGUGUUUUUUAGUCUCGAUUUGUCUGUUAAUAAACCAAGAGGUGUUUCGUGGAAAAAUGUAAACAUUUUAAUGACUACCGUGAUAAAAACUAAUUUAUGGAAUUCGCCCGAAGGGGAACAGAUUUUCAAAAAUUUCUGCACCAAUUCCAAACGAAAAUCUUUUGGUAUUCUUGAAAAACCAUCAAUUUCUGCACAUUAUGAAGAAGUUUCUUAUAAACUUUUUUUCAUCGGGAAACCAGGUGUGGGGAAAUCAAAAACUGUCGCCGAAUUAGCCGGUAACAGCGCACCUCAUCAUGACUCUCACGGUAUCCAUAAAACCAACAUCUACUGGCCGACGAAAAUCUGGGAUAAAGUUAUUUUAUUCCGUUUACAAUGUUGGGAAGCUGGAGAAAGUGGUUUGAAAAAAUUUAGUCACAUUUUACCAGCUUGCUUGGAUAAAACCGAUGCUCUCGUAUUUAUAUUUUCUUUCGAGGAUAUCACUAGUUUGUAUGAAGUUUCACAAAAUAUAUCAAAAAUGAAAGGAAACGAGCCUAAUCAACCGGCAAUAAUCGUCAUUGGUACCAAGUACUCGAGCUCGAAUACUGGUAUAUCUUUUUCUGAAAUAAAAGAAUUCGAGACGAAAUGGCAACUGAAUAUACUAAAAUUAUCAAAUUCUUCGUCUACCCAACCAGAUUUAUCCAGAGCUGGACCUAUUCUGAAUUCGAUAUGCGAACAGCUUUGGAUUCGAGAUCAAGAGUACAUAUUGAAGCAAUCUUUUGAUAAAUUUGUCUUGAAAGAAUAGCCCUACCUAUAAUAAAUUUUCAUGCUUUAA